CUGGGUAUCAGCAGUUGAGGGAGGCUUAAAGCGACAACAGCAAAAUCAUAGCAACUUGAGGGCAAGAGAAGCGAAAUGAGAAAGAUACCCUCGAACGAAGAACCAUGACUUGGACUACGUUUCGAUAGCUAAAGAUCUCCUGCUGACAUCAACCCAUCCGAUCCUGUCUUCCUUGUUGCUGUUUUCUCGAACUCUGGGUUGCCUCAUCUGCUGUGGCCGUGCAACAUGGAGAGUCUCCACUGUGUCACUGAAGGCUGACCAGAAGGAAUGAGGCACUCCAGGAGAUGUUCCCAAGUGGCCUUGUGGGUGCAUUAGCUGGGUUUCGGAGUGCUUUUUUAUGACUAGUAUUACAUGUGUGUCUGUGGGCACAUUCUAGCACAACCUGCCUACUCCUCAGGCAGGGACAUGCUACUCUGAGACUGGAGCUGGAGAAACACACAAGAAAGGAGUCAUUCUGGUAAACAAGGAACACGAAGAAAAAAGGGAAGCACUCAGCAAAAGAGCUGUCUGAUAGACACACGGGGUACUUCAGUUGUAGUCUGAACUCAUUCAAGUGUCUUCUGAACCAUUGCACAUUUUAACAGCAACACCUUCCCUCUGUCCUGUGAGAUUUGUCUCCCCCCUCACCCCUAAAGCCUCCUCUGUCGUUGUUAUUGGAGUUUCUAUGGUUUGCAUGGCUGGAGAAUAACCGUGGAGAGGCCAGGGUAUCAUAAGCUUAUGGAUUUUGACAAGAGAGGGGGCAAGGGAGAGACAGAGGAAGGGAAAAAGAUGUCUAAGACGGCAGGCAGCAGGACUGGACAUGGGGGCCGGAGUUCAGGGACCAAUUCUGGAGUUCUUAUGGUUGGCCCAAACUUCCGUGUGGGCAAAAAAAUCGGCUGCGGGAACUUUGGAGAGCUGCGGUUGGGAAAAAACCUCUAUACUAACGAAUAUGUGGCCAUCAAAUUGGAACCUAUAAAGUCCAGGGCACCACAGCUCCAUUUGGAGUAUAGAUUUUACAAACAGUUGGGAAAUUCAGAGGGAAUCCCUCAGGUGUACUACUUUGGCCCUUGUGGGAAAUACAACGCCAUGGUGCUGGAGCUGCUUGGGCCCAGUCUAGAGGACCUGUUUGACCUCUGUGACCGCACCUUCUCCCUCAAGACCGUCCUCAUGAUAGCCAUACAGCUGAUAACACGGAUGGAGUACGUCCACACCAAGAGUCUGAUAUACAGAGAUGUGAAGCCAGAAAACUUCCUGGUUGGGCGGCCAGGAAGCAAGAGGCAGCACACCAUCCACAUCAUUGACUUUGGUCUGGCCAAAGAGUACAUAGACCCCGAGACCAAAAAACACAUCCCCUACCGGGAGCACAAGAGUCUGACUGGGACGGCACGCUACAUGAGCAUUAACACACACUUGGGAAAGGAGCAAAGCAGAAGGGAUGAUUUGGAGGCACUGGGUCACAUGUUCAUGUACUUCCUCCGAGGUAGCCUCCCGUGGCAGGGCCUAAAGGCGGACACUUUAAAGGAGAGGUAUCAGAAAAUUGGGGACACCAAACGGGCGACACCCAUUGAAGUGCUUUGUGAAAGCUUCCCAGAAGAGAUGGCCACCUACCUGCGCUAUGUGAGGAGGCUGGACUUCUUUGAAAAGCCUGAUUAUGACUACUUGAGGAAGCUCUUCACUGAUCUGUUCGACAGGAACGGCUAUGUCUUUGACUAUGAAUAUGACUGGGUCGGAAAAUCACUUCCCACACCAAUAGGCCCCAUACCCAGUGACACGCCCCUGCAACCGACCAGCAGAGACAAAGCACAACAGCAGACCAAAAACCAGGUGAUGAGCUCAACAAAUGGCGAGCUGAACACUGAUGAUCCCACAGCCGGACACUCUAACGCUCCCAUCACCGCUCCCACCGAGGUUGAAGUGGCUGACGAAACCAAGUGCUGUUGUUUCUUCAAAAGGAGAAAGAGGAAAGCCCUCCAGAGGCACAAGUGAAAGAAGAGAACAGAGAGAACUUGAAACAUUGUGGUCACUGUCAAGUUUUAAAUGGAAGCAACUACACAGACCCCCUGUCCCUUAUCUCUUUCCAGCUUCCCCCUCACCUCUUUGUCCCUCUCACCUUAUUUCCCCUGUCACUCUGUACCUCCACCCUCGCGCUCUCUCUUUCUCGUUGUCAGUGCUACCCGGCUACUGGCGAGUUAAAGGAAUGUUGCAGUCCUACUGACUCCACAACAGACUCUUGAUUCCUUUAUCGACGAAAAAUAAACGUACCUGCAUUACAACGGGGGGCUUGAGAAAAAGUAAAAAAAGCUGUAACAAUGAAACUCGAAUACCGUGGCGUGAAUAUGAAAAAAUACUGUUUGAAACAGUUGUUGUAUUCUAGAUUCCAUAAAGAACACGUAUUGUUCCAACAGUCAGCUGUUGAUCAGGGGGAACCGUUCGAGUGAAAGAAAUCUGCUCAUUAGAAAAUUGUUUUUUCUUUCUUUUCUUCCUUUGGUGUGUGUUUUGGGAUCAAGGUAAAGAGGAAAAGGUGAACUAUGCUGAUGUUAAAUCUGAGAGACACAGGAAGCAUUUCAUCUAUAAAACAGAAUUUGGAGGAUUUUUAUGUUUUUUUUUUUUCUUCUUUUUUGUAAUUGAAUCCUCACUUUUUGAAGUCAAAUCCCUGCAUUGAAAACUUAUUUUUAUGUUGUAGUGUUCUGGAGUUCAAUUCUUUUCCUCACUCUGGCUUUCUUUUUGUCUGUCAACGUGGACUUUGUAGCACAGUCACUGGCCUCAGGUACUGUGGAAGAUGGAGAGAAACAGAUAUUAAGCUCUCUUAUUAUUAUUGCACUUUUGAGAAAAAAAAGAAAACGAUUACAGUGGAAAACUUUAGGUUUGAAAUUAACAAUUAAGAAAACAACUUAAUAAAGACUGAUCUAGGAAGAGUCCUUCACAACGCUUAUAUCUGAGUUAUGGCCGAAAAAUGUUGUCGAUUUACAUGAAAAAAAAAGACAUGUCUUUCGAUUUUUAUUUCUUACAUCAAAAUAAUUUACCAGGAAAUCAUAGUUUGUGCCUUUCUAAGUAAAAUGUUUAAAGCUCAA